AUGAAAACUUCGAUUUCGUCGGAUGUAUGGGAGAAGAAGAAAGCGUUGAUUGCAAAGUUGUACAUGGAAGAGGAAUGGCCAUUGAAGCAGGUCAUCAAGCAGAUCCGGUCCGAUGAUUUCAAUCCAAGUGAAACCCAACUACGAAGCAGACUGAAGAAGUGGCGAGUCACCAAGCCGUCUCGUCAAACUCGCAAGAAGGCCCAGUCCAGCUCAAGCGCCGAGCCAGACUCAGACAGAGACGUGACCCGGCAACCUUCAAUUCAACGCCCACUACCCAGAGAUCCCCCAAGAACUCGCCAUGACUGGCCUGGUGCUCAGUCUAUUUACGCCCCCGUCUCAGAGGACCACCCUCAGGCCAAAUGGAACUCGCCUCUCGUCCAGCAACUCACGCCUAGUCCAUCGGGCGAGCAUACCCUUGUGUCGGACCGCUCGGCAGUCCACUCCAAUUCCUACCCAGAUCUCAGCCCAACCGCGACAUCCUUUGACCACGCCCACGCCUCUCCCGUCGGCGAGGCCCUGAUGGUGAACACCACUUCCGCCAUGGCCCCGUCUUACCCUGCAAGCUCCGCUUACCCUCUGUCUCCGGAAUCGUGUCUGCCCAGCCCUGGUGGCACUGCAAACACUACUCCCGGGAUUGCCUGGCCUCCUCGCUCUGUCUCUGCUGACUACGGCCUCAAUUCUGCCCAGUGGUUCCAACUGCCUUUUGAGGCUAUCACUCCUCCCAACGGCGUCGCUCAGACAGCUGCCCCUAUUCCUCCUUCAUUAACUGGCUACCUCCCGCCUGCCUCAGGUCACGUCUACCACCAGUACCCUCACUACCAGAGCGAGGCACAUGACUAUCACCAUGGCUAUGGCGACAAGAACUGGAAGCGUGCCAUGUCGUUGCAAUAUGACAUGGGUGGGCAAUCUGCUGGACGGGAGCAUGCCGACAGGAAGCAGAUGCAUGGCCAGUCCCAUGGUCAGCCUCAGACAGUGAUGUCUCCUUCUCAUACGCAGUCUGGUCCGCAGUCGGUGAUGUGCGCUCCCAUCAUGCCUUAUAUGGGUCAAGAUCACUACCAGAAGCCCCCUGGCAUCGGCUAUUAG